AUGUCCGGCACUCCAGAACAUCCGAAACAGAUAUACGUAUCUGGCCCUCCAGAACGCCCAAAACAGAGAUAUGUGUCCUGCCCUCAAAAACGCCCGAAACAGAGAUACGUGUCCAUCCCUCCAAAAUGCCCAAAACAGAUAUACCUGUCCGACCCUCCAAAACGCCCGAAACAGAGAUACAUGUCCGGCCCUCCAAAACACCCAAAACAGAGAUACGUGUCUGGCCCUCCAAAACGCUCAAAACAGAGUUACGUGUCCGGUCCCCCAGAAUGCCGGAAACACAUAUAUGUGUCCGGCCCUCCAGAACACCCAAAACAGAGAUAUGUAUCCGGCCCUCCAGAAUGCCCAAUACAGAGGUAUGAGUCCGGGCCUCCAGAACGUAGGAAACGGAGACACUUGUCUGGCCCUCCAGAGCACCCGAAACAGAUAUACGUGUCCGGCCCUCCAGAACGCCUGCAACAGAGAUACAUGUCCGGCUCUCCAGAAUGCCCAAAACAGAUAUAA